CUUAUGUGUUGCACUGCACAGCGCCUAUAGAUAGAUAGAUAGUGUGUGUGUAUGUGUGGGACCGCGAGCAGCAUUUUGCUCGCCAAAAUGCGACAGACAGAGGAUAUAUUCGUUUAAAGAAGGAAAAAAAAUCAAAUAAACUGAAAUGAAAUUUGGACAAAUGGUGCGUUGAGGAACGUUGUUUGCUUUUUUUACCCUCCGUUUUCUCUGUGAAGCCUCCAGCCUCCAGCGCCGGGCGACCAUGUCGGGGAAAAUAGAGAGCAAACACGACUCUCAGAGGUCUCAUAUCUCUACAUUCACCAUGAAGCUGAUGGAUAAGUUCCACUCACCCAAAAUCAAGCGAACUCCAUCCAAGAAGGGCAAACAGAGUGCUCCCGAACCAGCCAUCAAGAGCACAGAGAAACCUGUUAACAAGAAGGUGAGUCGACUGGAGGAGCAGGAGAAGGAGGUGGUGAGUGCACUGAGAUACUUUAAGACCAUAGUCGACAAGAUGUCUGUGGACACCAAAGUGCUCCAGAUGCUGCCUGGCUCUGCUAGCAAAGUCCUAGAGGCCAUUCUUCCCCUCAUGCAAGUGGAGGCAAGGAUCCAACACAGCUCUGCCGUAUCAUCCUGUCAUAAUCGAGUUUAUCAGAGUUUGGCAAAUCUCAUUCGCUGGGCCGACCAGGUGAUGCUGGAGGGCAUCGACCUAGAUGACAAAGAAACCGUGGCGACUGUUACAGCCGUGAUAAAGGCCGUACUGGAUGGAGUAAAGGAGUUGGUGAAACUCACCAUAGAAAAACAAGAGCAGCCAUCUCCGACAUCACCUAGUAAGCCAGCGCCCCUUGUGGCCAAAGCGGAGAGCAUGUGUGAAAUGCCUCUGACUGAGCGGGAAAAGGAGAUCCUCAGCAAGACCAUGCCCACGGAUAACUUGACCAACAUCUCGGAAGAAGAAAUAGCGCCACCCAAACCUCCUCUACCAGGGUUAAAGUUAGCAGAGCACAGUCCACCCGCUUUGCCUCCAAAGAAGCGCCAGUCCACCUCCUCACCCACACGCAUAGCUGUGGUAGCACCCAUGAGUAGAACGAACUGUGGCCUCAACCUGCAGCAUGGAGCUCUCAAACAGCAGCAGGAGUAUGAGGUGGAACUACUACAGAGGCGCUUCUCUGGUGGCAGCCAAUCAUACGGUGGGGAUUCACCUCGCCUCUCGCCAUGCAGCAUUAUGGGGAAACUGAGCAAAUCAGAUGAGCAGCUUUCCUCACUGGAGAGGGACAGCGGCCAAUGCUCACGCAACACUAGCUGUGAGACACUUGAUAACACAGACGGAUACGACCCUGACUACGACUUCCUCCAUCAGGACCUCUCAGUGUCCGAGCCAUUGCCAUUUCCCACGGUUCCUAGCAGCUGCCUGAGCCCCCUCCCAGAAUGCCUCAGUGAGACUCCUGUGACGUCUCCUGGCUCAGCACAACCCCGCUUCAGUGCCCCUGUAGUCCCACUCAGCACCGUGGGAGCAUCCAACGGAGAACGACCCCCUGCACUUCCACAGAAAAAGAGGCGCUCUGUUCCCAUCCUAUCAACCUGCCAGCUGUAUGAAUACCGCCCCUCUGAUGAAGACACACCCACUUCACUGACCACACCCACUUUGAUUAACGGGAAUGAACUGUCUUUCCAAAGCGACAGCCCUCCACCUCUGCCAGAAAAGAAGUGCAGAACGAUCCUCCAGUACAUGCAGUUUGUGGAGGAUUACUCAGAGCCACAGCCAUCCGUCUUCUAUCAGACUCCUCAGAGUGAGAGAAUCUAUGAACAGCGGCGGAACAAACGAUUCCAAGAAGUUUAUGGGUCCAACGACAGCUACGAGACUCCGCCCCCUCCAGCCCUGCCACCCAAACAGCGACAGCUGGCGUCUUACUCUUCCUCUCCUUCUUCAUCUUCCUCCUCUUCUCUUUCGCUCCUCCCUCCCUCCGUUGGCGUUCCGGAGGAGGCGGAGUCUGCUAUCGGCCUCAGCCUUUCUGUGUCUAACUCCUUCCUUAGCGGCCAUGCCUCUUUAACCACACCCACGAGUGAGAGUGCAAACGAUGAAGGCGUAGAAGGAGAAGGAGAGUAUGUGAACCUGUACUCUACCUCACAGGCUAACGGAGACAGCACACACCACUCAGACCCUCUCACACACUGUGAUGUAAUUCAUGACUCUACUGCUCACAUACCAUCACCCAAGGAAGGAAGCAAAGAAGCCUUGGCCAAAGAAAGGUUGAAGUCAACCGACACGAGCCAGUUCAAAGAGGAGGUCGACGAGCUUUCUCUGGUUGAUCACAAAGAGAUCAUGAGUCGCAUCACUCUUAAAGUCGAGGGGGAUGAUGGCCCUGAUGUCAGAGCUGGCUCAAGUGAUAUUCUCUUAGUACAUGCUACAGAGACAGAUCGCAAAGAUCUGGUGUUAUACUGUGAAGCUUUUCUAACUACAUACAGAACUUUCAUCACACCUGAAGACCUCAUCAAAAAACUACAUUACAGAUACACUCAUUUCUGCCAUAGUCCAGAUACAUUUAAGAAGCGUGUCAGUAAGAAUACUUUCUUCGUGCUGGUGCGAGUGGUGGAUGAACUCUGCGUGGUGGAGUUGACUGAGGAUAUCCUCAGGCAGCUGAUGGAUCUCGUGUUCCGGUUGGUAUGUAAUGGCGAGCUGAGUCUGGCUCGUGUCCUUCGUAAAAACAUUCUGGAUAAAGUGGAACAGAAGAGACUGCUGCAGCACACACACAUCCUUCAACCGUUAGCAGCACGAGGGGUCUCGGCCAGGCCAGGCACACUGCAUGACUUUCGCAGCCAUGAGAUCGCUGAUCAGCUUACACUUCUGGAUGCUGAGCUCUUCUACAAAAUUGAGAUUCCAGAGGUGCUUUUGUGGGCUAAGGAGCAGAAUGAAGAGAAGAGUCCUAAUCUGACUCAGUUUACAGAGCACUUUAACAACAUGAGCUAUUGGGUGCGCUCAAUAAUCAUACAGCAGGAGAAAGCUCAGGACAGAGAGAAACUUCUGCUCAAAUUCAUCAAGAUCAUGAAGCACUUGAGGAAGUUGAACAACUUUAACUCGUACCUGGCCAUCCUGUCAGCUUUGGACUCUGCACCAAUCAGGAGGCUGGAGUGGCAGAAGCAGACAUCUGAGGGGUUGGAGGAGUACUGCACUUUGAUUGACAGUUCAUCCUCCUUUCGUGCUUACAGAGCAGCAUUGGCUGAUGUGGAGCCUCCCUGCAUCCCUUACCUCGGGUUGAUCCUGCAGGACCUGACAUUCGUACAUCUGGGAAAUCCAGACCUGCUUGAUGGGAAAGUGAACUUCUCCAAGCGCUGGCAACAGUUCAACAUCCUGGACAGCAUGAGGCGCUUCCAACAAGUACACUACGAUCUGAAGAGGAACGACGACAUUGUGGCAUUCUUCAACGACUUCAGCGACCACCUGGCCGAGGAGGCAUUGUGGGAACUUUCACUGAAGAUCAAACCACGCAACAUCACACGGCGCCGGACUGAGCGCGAUGAGAAAACCUAGAGCGAGAGAAAAUGUCUCCAGAAAACUUUUCCAGAGAGCACAGAGGGAAUGAUAGGAAACCUGGAGUGUUCAGAGGACAAAAACACAUGCAAGAUUUUAAUGAACAGAGUGGAACAAAGGCAAUAUUUCCCAAGAAAUGAGUAACAGACUAAUAUAUGUGCACACACACACAGGACUUGUAUAUUUGUGUGUGAAUGUGUGUGUGUGUGUGUGUGAGAGAGAGAAACACAGAGACUCUAGAAGCGCUUGCUGUGAAUCACUGUCUACAUCAGCGAUGAACACUAAAGAAGCUCACCAGAAGGUCGGGAUUACCCACAAUGCCCUGCUGCUUGAACUCCUUGUUCAGUAUAAAGCAGGGUUUAAAGGAAAAGAAAAGGGAAAAACAUGCAAAGUGUGUGUGUGUAUGGCCCCCUUAUUUGCCAUGUUUUGGAGUAGUUACUCCAGCUCCAUCACAAACACACUCCUGACUCACGUUGCCAGGCAACAGACUUAGUGACAUUUGAGUGUGGUGUUUUUUUUAACUCUCCUUUUAUUGGCAUCGUCUGUGUGUGAUGUAUUGUAUAUGAUAAUAAGCUUAUAAUGAUGUACAGGUGCGUAUUCCCCUCAUAUAUAAAUAAGAUAUCUUUUUCUUUUUACUUUAAAGUAAGUUUAUGCACUAAAAAAAGAAACAAAAAGCAAAAACACAAGGACUGAACAUGCUGUGAUCUCUGUACAUGUGUCUGUAUGGUUGUGCACUUGCAAGAAUGUUUGCAACUUGCAAGUGCUGCUGUGUUUGUGUGUGUGUGUGUGUGUGUUCGUGUGAGCACACAAAUGCAGGCAUGUCUGACUGUCACUUCUGUUUACUGACUCCUGGGAAUUACUUUUGUUAUGCUCACCACAUAUUGUGCUUUUCUCCCUAAAUAAAACUACUCUUUCUAUAUA